CGCGGCGAAAAAAAAAUAUAUGACUCCAUUACCAAAUAAUUCGGCGGAGGGCUUUUAUCACAGCUCUCAAAUGGAUGAAGAUUUGACAUCGGAGUGCUCUUCGGGUUACAGCAGUCAGAGGAGUCAGGACGGUUCGGUGAAUUUGUUAGAUGAAAUCGACCGUCUAAAAACGAUGACCGACUGGUCGACUCCUUUCGCCGAUAAACGUUCCUUAGCAGCGGCCGGCUUUUUCUAUAUCCAUUACGAAAACACCGGCGAUCUAAUCAAGUGUCCUUUUUGUCAUAUCGAGGUGACCAGAUCGAAUUGGGAACAAGGUGCUGAUCCUUUCGAACUUCAUAGUCGAGUUUCGCCCAUAUGCUCUUAUAUGAAUCGAAUGAAAUCGAGAACUACCACCGAUUGCUUGUUGCCGUCUCGUAAUACGUCGAACCUGAAUAAUGUUGUUGAAAAUAGAAGACCGUCGAUACCUUCGAAUAGUGAACGACAAUCGCUGUUCCCAAUUAACACUAGUUCUACGCCUGUAUUUCGUGAUUACGUUACCUUCGAUAAUAGAAUAAAGUCAUACGAAUUCUCGAAAUGGCCGAGUAAUUUCAAAUCGCAGCCGGAUACGCUGAGUAAAGCUGGAUUUUUCUAUUUAGGUCUAGGAGGAACGAAAUCAGCGUGUUUCCAAUGCGGCGGUGCGAUUAUGUUUCAAGAAAAUGAUGACGCGUUCGUAGAGCACAGGCACUUUUUCCCCACAUGUAUGUUCGUCGUGAAACACGAGAUUCUCGAAGCUGCCAACAAACUAGAAGAGAAAAUAGCGAUGAUUACUUCAUGUACGCCGAGUCGACCAGAACCGAAUCUACGUUUACGUACAGCAAAUUUGGACCUAUCGCUAGAGUCGGAUCGACUGAAGACGUUCCACGAUUGGCAUUACUCGUUUAUCGAUAAGAACGAGCUGGCCGAAGCCGGAUUUUACUACACCGGUAAAGGCGACCAAGUCACGUGUUACGAGUGCGAUACUGAGAUCGGUGAGUGGGAACCAGGCGAUUAUCCGGCAGCCGAACAUUUAAAACAUUGGCCCGAUUGUGCGUUGGCACCGCUGUUAAGGGAGUUACUCAAAAAGAAAACCGGCUGUUCUGAGCCUAUGCAGACUCCUGCUUCGUUGUCAAAUGCUUUUGAUACUUGUGGUCUUCACGAUGUUCCGAAUCAGCAGCCAACCAAAUAUCCCAAGUAUUCGAUGCUCGAACAUCGUAUCAGUUCAUUUAGAAAUUGGCCACAACAAUAUAGAAUUCAACCAAAGACGUUAUGGGAAGCUGGUUUCUUUUAUGCUGGUAUCAACGACCAUUGCAUAUGCUACCAAUGCGGUACCGGUCUGAAAGAUUGGAAAGAACAGGAUGACCCGUGGACAGAGCACGCUUUGUGGCAUCCGGAAUGCGAUCACCUUGUUUCGGUCAAAGGUAGUGCCUUUGUGAAUGACGUUCGGCCCAACAUACGCGAUACAUCGGUUUUAUCGGAAGAGGAAAUCAGAGACGCUCUCGUUACGUUGCAAAAUUUACUUGGAGCGUUGAAUCUACCAGAGUCUAAUAAUAUAGGUAAUGUUAACGAAAACCAAAGCUGUGAUAUUAAAAACGACGCUGUUGCCUCGUCGAACCGGGGCGCAUCAGUCAGUAUAGCAGAUGAAGAUUCGGACAAUAAUGAGAACAACGACGAGAAACACAAAUUAUUGUGUAAAAUCUGUUUCGUAAACAACUGGAGCAAAUUGUUGUACCCUUGCGGACACGUGGCGUGCGGCAGUUGCGCCAAGAAUAUUGUAAAUUGCGGUUUUUGUCGUAGGCCUAUUUUGGAUCGGGUUCAAAUGUACGUUGAGUAGAUCCGCGCUGAUCGUACCGUUCGACUGACUCUGAGUGAGUUUUCAUUUUCAUUCUAAGAACUAAGUGAUCAUGUUUUUUUUUCUUCGUUAAAUACAUGUGAAAGUUGUUUUGUA